AUGGCGGCAUCCAAGAAGGAUCCCCCAAUUCCCAGCAGAGGCAGGAUGUCACCCAACCUCAGGCCAUCCAGCAGUGAGUCCUCUGGGUACGGAUAUGGUGCUAGGCGGACGCGGUCUGUCCCGAGCUCCCCGGACCGCAAAUUCGGCUCAUCAUCGCCGUCUGUGGCUGCCUCUGCCUCCACAGAUGUGCAGCGUCCAUCAUUGUCCAGCGCUGGUCGGUCCAUCUCAUCGCGGACCAUGGGCUCAUCCAUCCAUGGCACCAAGGCCCAGCCAUUCCCAGGUGCAGCUUCAAAACCUACACUGACGAGGGCAAAAUCUGACAAGGUCAGCACCACCUCGCAGCGGCCUCCGGUGCUUGCUGUGCCGCCAAGCAACUCCUUUAAGGACAUGACCAAGACGGCAGCUAAGGCAUCGCCAUCCACCUUGCUGAGGAGUAAGCCAUCUCCAAGGCCUAGUGCUGACAGUUGCAAGGCGGCAGCAUCACCUAAACCUAGCAGUCAGAGGGUCUUGUUGCCAGGUGCUUCUCGAGGAGAAAAAGUGCAGCCACUGUCUACCGCACACUCACCUGGUGCAGCCGCAAGAAAAAGAUUGGAUACUGUUAAUGGUGCUACUACCAGCUCAAAGGCUAAAAGUGUUUCUCAGAAGGCAAUGGGAGCAUCUGCAACCAGGAAGGACAAACAUAAGGACCCAUCAAUGCAGAUUAAGGGAACAGAGUGCAUAAACACCACCCUGUCCAUAGAAGAGCACUUGCACAAGGAGGUCUCUGAUCCAGUCGAUCUGAAAUCCAUGGAGAUGACUGUACCUGAUCAGCAUGAGCCAUCUUCCAAUCAACCAGAACAAGUAUUCAAAGAUGAUGAGGAAUCCAAGGGACAUUUCUCUGAAGACAAAGUAGAUGCAGGAGCUAAUGAGAUUCAUAAUGGAGGGCAAGAUGUCAAUGGUAGCGUCAAGACUAUAUAUGAAUGUGGGAUUGUUGAGAAGGAGGAGGCUGACCGGAGUGUGGAUAAGGCAGUGCCAAGGACUGAAGUUGCUCAGGUGUGGAGGAAGGAUGAUCCAAGGGGCAAUGACGUGAUUGAGGAAACCAAAAGCAAGCUCCUAGAGGAGAGGAAGAGCCGGGUGAAGGCCUUGGUGGGGGCCUUCGAAACUGUAUUGUCGUUCAAGGAGUAG